AAGUAGGGGAGAAAUAGAAUGGCUUCAACAGUUCCGAUGAAUGCAGAGAAGGAGGCCAUUUGCCCUGUCUGCCACGAACUUUUGAAAGAACCCAUGAGUCUAGGCUGUGGCCACAAUGCAUGCAAAGCCUGCAUCACCACGAACAAGAAGAAUGCAGUGAUCAACCCCAGAGGGAGAAGCAGCUGUCCUGUGUGUGGGACUAGAUUCUCAUUUGAAAAUCUACAGGUUAAUCAACAUCUGGCAAACGUAGUAGAGAGACUUAGGGAAGUCAAGGUGAACCCUGACAUUGGGGAAAAAAGAGAUCUCUGUAUCCACCAUGGAGAGAAACUCCUUCUCUUCUGUAAGGAAGAUAGAAAGAUCAUUUGCUGGGUUUGUGAGCAUUCUCAGGAGCAUCGUGGUCACCACACUUUCCUCCGGGAGGAAGCAGUCAAGGAAUGUCAGGAGAAUAUACAGAAAGCUCUCGAGAGGCUGAGGAAGGAACAGGAGAAGGCGAAGAAAUUGGAAGCUGACAUUGAAGAAGACAGAAUUUCCUGGAAGUGCCAGAUCCAGACUGAGAGACAAAGGAUACAAACGGGUUUUGAUCAGCUCAGAAGAAUCCUGGACGAGGAGGAGCAGAGAGAGCUGAAAAGACUUGGGGAAGAGGAGCAGCUGAUACUCGACAGCCUGGCGGAGGCAGAAGCUGAGCUGGCUCAACAGAGCCAGUUGGUACAGGAACUUAUUUCAGGUCUGGAGCUUCGGUGCCAGUGGCCAGCGACAGAGCUGCUGCAGGAUAUGAGCGGUACCUUGAAAUGGAGUCAUAUCUGGACGUUGAAGAAGCCAAAAGCGGUUUCUAGGAAACUGAAGAAGGUAUUCCAAGCUCCUGAUCUGAGCGACAUGCUCCGACAGUUUAGAGAGUUAACAGCUGUCCGCGGCUAUUGGGCGGAUUUCACAUUUAAUCCAGAAAACCUAAAUUUGAAUCUCAUUCUUUCAGAAGAUCACAGACAAGUAACAUCUGUGCCCAUUUGGCCAUUUAAGUGUUAUAAUAAUGGUAUCUUGGGCUCCAAAUGUUUCUCCUCAGGGAAACAUUACUGGGAAGUGGAUGUGUCUAAAAAGAAUACCUGGACACUGGGAGUUUACGUUAGAAAACGUACUUUAAAGUUUGAUGUCAGGAGAGGCAAAAAUCAGCCAAAUGUUUGCCACAGAUACAAACCUCAGAAUGGCUACUGGGUUAUAGGGUUACAGGAUGGAUCAAAGUAUAGUAUCUUUGAGGAUUCUUCCAACUGUGACCCUACCGUUCUGACCCCCUUUGUGGCUGCCCCUCUCCAUCGGGUUGGGGUUUUCCUUGACUGUGAAGAGGGCAUAGUGUCCUUCUUCAAUGUCACAAACCAUGGGUCACUCAUUUACACGUUCUUUAAAUGCUGCUUUUCCCACCCUGCUUAUCCAUACUUUAAUCCUUGGGACUGCCCAGCUCCCAUGACCCUGUGUCCUGUGAACUCCUGAGUUUUUCCAUGCUCAUCCAUUUCUGAUAUUACUUCUUGCCUUGAGGCUCGCCUUCAUCUGGACAUACCUGUGCCAUUCAGGCAUCUCGUCCCGUGGUCUCCCUUCUGUACUUUAAUACUUUAAGUCGUGCUUAGAUGUGGUUAGGAGAGAUGUUUACCCAUUUACUCUUGUUGAUAUCCUCAAAGACAGCUCAAGUCAAGUCGAGAACUAGCUAGACCAAUCAGCAUACCAUCUAUGCCCUUCGACUUCUGUAUUUCCCUCUGUCUUCAAGCAAUGUGUCAAAGCCGGUUAGCCACUCAUCCCUGUUAUUUAAACAAUCCAUAAGAACUGGCCUCGUAACCAUCACUAAUGAGACUGUCGAUUUGCCCAAGAUAUCUCACAUUGAACAGGGAGUCAAGGAAUAGAAAAUAUAAGCAGUAAUGAGCCUAGAGUGGAGUUAUUUCUGGUCUACAAAUUCAGGUCCUUUCUCUCAUUGUAACAAAUGCAGAGGUUUUUAAACUGUAAGUUGAAAUGCGUGUAAUUUAAGAUUGUCGCAGAAUAUUAUUGGCCCUUGUUCCUUUCUCCACCUCAGCCCAUCCCAGGCUUUCCCCAUAUCUCAGCCUAUACAAGUUCCUGCCUUAUAAUACAAUUAAACAAGAUUUUGCUUUGA